GGUAUGAAGCUACAAGAAAUUCAGUCGAUUCGAUCGAUGUUUCAGAGUUUUGAUGAAGACAACAGUGGAUCGCUCACCCCAGAUGAAGUUCAGAGCGCCCUUAGUCGAUAUGGCCUUUCGAUUUCGCCGCAGGAGUUUGAAGCGGUGAUGGAAGCCUUCGACACAGACAAGAGCGGGAGCCUGGGGUUUGAGGAGGUAGUUGAGCUCUUCUUGUUUCUGAAAGCAAGCUCAAGCUCACAGGUG